AUGCUGCAAUAUACGAUCAACCACCAAAUUGAAGCAUUCAUUGACAUCAUUAAGCUAUGCAUAUUCAAUUCUGCAUGGUCUGUCGAACAGUGUAUGCGACCAACUGAAAGUGAUAUGAACGAGAUCUGGAGAAUCAAUCACGAAUUACCACCAACUUACAGUUUUUGCAUGCAUGAAAUGGUUUCUGAACGAGCCCAAAAACACCCCGACAAAGUCGCAAUCCAUUCUUGGGAUGGUGAUUUAACGUACGGCGAAGUUGACCAGUACUCCUCGAUCGUGGAAGCUCUGUUAAGAGAAUCAGGUGUUGAACCGGACGACGUUCUGCCUGUUUGCUUUGAGAAAUCAAGGUGGACGAUUGUCGCAGUACUCGGUGUGAUGAAAGCCGGAGCGACAUUUGCUCUAAUGGACCCCACACUCCCCCUUGCCCGACUGCAGAAUAUGGCGGAGCAGAUUGGUGCAAAGAGAAUGGUGUGUUCUCGCAAAGAGUAUGAUUUUUCGACAUCAAUCUUGCCGAGUGAAAAGCUUCUUGUUGUCGAGGAACAAACCUUUUCAAACGUUUCCGCCAAAGCAGUUUCCACACCGGCAUCGGUACCAUCAUCAACGUUAAUGUACAUUAUUUUCACAAGUGGCUCUACGGGGACUCCAAAGGGAGUAACUAUUUCACAUCAAUCAUACACAAGCAGCGCUAUCCCUCGCGCAGCAGCCGUUGGCUAUGACGAAGAUUCUAGAGUGCUGGUAAAUCAAGAUCUAUCCCCAUUCCCGAUCCUAACUCACCAAUUCUAUAGGACUUCGCUUCAUAUGCUUUCGACAUGUUAUUUUAUCUCUAUCGCAUGGUCUUGGGCUUGGGGGGAAGCCGUCUCUGCUAGAGAUGCUACCCUCUGGGGAAAAUCAGCUAGGAUCAUUAUUGGAUAUGGUCCCUGCGAAUGCACGAUCGGAUGUACUGUGAAUAGUAGCGCAGCGACGGGCCGAGAUUACAUCUCUAUCGGUCCAGGAAAUGGAGCGGCUAUAUGGAUUGUUGACCCGAACGACCACAACAUUCUCAUGCCGAUAGGUGCUGUUGGCGAGUUGCUUGUCGAAGGUCCGAUCGUUGGACAGGGCUACUUGAAUGACCCUGAAAAGACAGCGUCUGCUUUCGUUAGAGAUCCUCCUUGGCUUGUAGAGGGUUACAAAAAGUUCACUGGCCGCCUGGGACGUCUGUACAAAACUGGUGACUUGGGACGAUAUGAUCCAGACGGCUCUGGUGGAAUUGUGUUCUCUGGAAGAAAGGAUACCCAGGUCAAAUUGCGCGGACAGCGUGUUGAGCUCGGUGAAAUUGAGAGUCAACUCAGAGAUCGCCUGCCUUCGGAUGCAAAUGUGAUUGUCGAAGUCAUUGUUCCCCAAGGAUCUGGAGGUCAACCGACUCUGGUAGCAUUCAUAACCUCGCCAUCGAUGAAGACUGUCGAAAAUGACGAGUUGACAUCAGUACAGUUUCAAAAUGAUUUACGCGGAAUUGUGUCCAAAACCAAUGAUGAAAUCGCAAAAGUCUUACCUAGAUAUAUGAUACCCACAGUUUAUAUCCCUGUGAACAACAUUCCAGUUUUGAUAUCUGGUAAGACCGAUCGCAAGCGGCUGCGCCAAUUUGGCACCACUAUCGACUUGCGCCAGGUAGAUGGAUGCACGGAAAAACCAGCUGCCAGAGAGCUAAGUGAGUUCGAGCGACGAUUGAGGCAGUCAUGGGCCCAGACGCUGAAGUUGGAAGAGGAGAGUAUCCAACCUGGAGACAAUUUCUUCGCAUUGGGCGGAGAAUCCCUGGCAGCAAUGCGAUUAGUUUCAAUAUGCAGGGCGCAAGGCCUUGAUCUAUCUGUCAUGAGUACAUUUAACAACCCUACACUCUCGGCUAUGGCUGGUGCAGCUUCACCAUACAAUAUAGAGUCUCAGACAGAAAUUGCCGCGUUCUCAAUGAUCUCCCAAGCCUCCGACAGUGCCUGUCUUGAAGCGUCGCAGACUUAUGGAUUCAUCCAGUCUGACAUUCAGGACAUUUAUCCUUGCACAGCGACUCAAGAGUCACUGAUCACCUUCUCACUCAAAUCUGUCGAGCCGUAUAUUGCCCAGAGAAUAGCAUCUAUUCCUUCUGAUAUGGACAUCGAUAUUUUGAAAAAAGCAUGGGGAGCAGUUGUGGAGGCUCUUCCCAUUUUACGCACUCGACUGGCCCAGCUUCAAGAACCUGGUCUUCAACAGGUUGUAUUAAAGGAACAAAUUUCCUGGAGAACUUCCACAGACCUCCAGAGUUAUCUAGAGAGUGACAGAAACGAGAGAAUGGACCUUGGAGAUAAACUCGCCCGAUAUGCCAUUGUCCAUGAUGCCAAUGAUGGAAAGAGAUACAUGGUCUGGACAAUUCAUCAUGUUGUAAGUGCCCUAUACGAUGGAUGGAGCGAGCCUUUGGUUCUCCAACAAGUCAGCAAUGUUUUGCAGAAAAAACCCAUUGAGGUCCAAACACAGAUGCGACAAUUUGUCAAAUGGGAGGCCAACACAGACGAAGAGGCAAUGCAAGAGUUUUGGCGUCGGGAAUUGAAAAAUGCUGUAGGACCCCAGUUUCCACACACGCCGUCACGAGACUUCUUGCCAAAUCCCGAUUCAAUGAUUGAGCGACAAAUAUCUGUUGAGACAAAUUCAGGCUCUCCAUUUACAAUGGCUACCUUAAUUCGCGGAGCAUGGGCACUGGUGGCAUCUCAAUACUCCGGGAGUGAUGAUGUCGUUUUUGGUGAGACUCUUACCGGCCGUGAUAUUGCACUUCCAGGAGUCGAGGGUAUUGUAGGUCCACUGAUCGCAACCGUUCCUGUUCGGAUUCACAUCGACCGGAAGGACACAAUCGAAAAUUACCUCCAGGCCAUGCAGCAGGGUGUAUUGGCCCGGACUUCAUACCAGCAUAUGGGAAUGCAGAACAUCAGAAAGGUCAGCCAGGAUGCGCAGCAUGCGUGCGAAGCCCCUACAGGAUUGGUUAUUCAGCCAGACCCAGAGUAUGUUGGCAGUGAACUGGGAUUUGAGGUCGGCGAUGUUGUGAAAGAAGCCCUCCAUUUUAAUCCAUAUCCGCUGAUGAUCGGUUGUGGGAUUCGCAAGGGUGGUUUCAGAAUUUGUGCCAAUUUUGACAGCAGGUUGAUUCAAGUCUCUCAAAUGGAACGUGUUCUUGCACAAAUGGAGAUGGCUUGCUCUCAGCUGACGCGCAACCUUUCUAGACGGCUUGGUGACAUUUCUUAUAUGCCUGAAACAGAGUUGGAUCACAUCUGGGAGCGCAACAAGAAUCCUCCUCUAUCUUGGGAUCAAUCUUCAAAGAAGCUCCGAGCAAAUGCGAAUGCGAAGCAGGGGUCAACUUAUCCUGGUGCAGUAGUCCCAUGGGUGUGCAAUCUCCAAAAUCCAUCUCUUUUAUCGCCAAUCGGCUGUGCUGGUGAGCUUUGGCUCGAGGGGGCAUUCUUUUCAGGAGAAGUUGUUGAGUCACCAGCGUGGUUGGUUAGUGGAAGCUCAAAAUACACAGGGAGAUCUGGAAAGGUCCAAUCUACUGGUGACGUUGUCAAGUUACGAGAAGAUGGUAGCUUGGAGUUUGUUGGUCGAAAAGAGCAUCAUCUUCCGGUACAAGGACACGCUGUGAAUAUUACCGACCUUGAAGCUCACUUCUCAACAUAUCUCUCGUUGGAAGUUCGUGCAACUGCAGCUGUUAUUCACAGCCAAGAGCUCCAACCUGAGCUGAUUGUCUUCUUGCAGCAACUGUCUUCAGCGGAAGCUACUGUGCAAGUGAUUCCUGCAGAUUACGAGAUUACAAGCAGUACAAAUAUCAAGGCGGUCAUCCGUGCCUUGAUUCCCAGCAGUCUUUCCGCAUCUUUGAAGAAGUUCGACAAAUUCGUCCACGACUCUCUCCCCUCAUACAUGGUCCCUUCUGCAUAUAUUGUGAUCAAUGAACUGCCCACUGAAUCAGAAGAUAUCGAUUAUCAGGCUGAGCUCAAUCAGCUCGCGAGUGGAAUUCCGCAGGAAAUUCUCAUCCAGCUUCGUAAGGGUUUCCAGGAGACGUGGUCAAAAACCUCAUCUCAGUCUAUAUUGACUGCAUCAGAGUAUAUCCUUCGCUCAGCCUGGGCUAAGAUCCUACGAAUUGAGGAAGAAAAGAUUGAUAUUGACGACAACUUUUUCCGUCUCGGGGGCGACUCCGUUUUAGCCAUGAAGCUGGUAUCGAAUCUUCGUGCACAGGGACAUAAAUUAUCUGUGGCCGAUAUUUUCCAGCACAUGCGUCUAAGCGAUGCCGCGAGAGUUCUGAAGACAGAACAGACAUUAAAGGAGAAUGACCGUGCUUACAAACCUUUCUCAAUGUUGAGUCAAAUAGAUGUUGGCCAGUUCUUGUCUAAUGUUGUCCGACCGAAGCUUGUCGACCCUCACUGGUCCAUUCAAGAUGUAUACCCGGUCACAGAUUCCCAGGCCCUUGAUAUCAAGGGAACAAUUCAAGCCCCAAGGACUUCCAUUCAAUAUACCAUGCUCUUCUUCGAAAAGGGAAUCAACAGAGAUCAAUUGCUUCACGCAUGCAAACAACUUGUUGAAACUCAUGAGAUACUUCGCACUGUUUUUAUCAACCAUGAAGCAUCAUUCUAUCAGGUUGUCUUAGAAAAAGUCAAUAUUGCGGUGACUCUUCAUCAGGUUGACGAACCUCUUGAGGACUCGGUAGCUCAGAUCUGCUCAGCUGAGUCCGAUUUUAAUUUGGGAUCACCAUUCCUGAAGCUGAUGCAUAUAGAGAGCAACGAAGGCCGUGAAUGUCUUGCUUUAGGACUAUCUCAUGCCCAAUAUGAUGGGGUCAGUUUGCCCAGAAUGCUUCAAGAUCUGGAGACUUUCUACAGUGGAGAUCACAUUGCCGAUUUUAAGACAUUCACUUCGUACAUGGCAUGUAUCCAGGACGAAACCCUCCAGAAAAAGGCAAUUAGCUAUUGGAGCCAUCUUCUCAGAGGCUCUUCAUUAUCUGUCCUUGAGACUUCGGCGCAGCCUACGGACAAGGCGAUCUUCCGUACAACGUCCGUCGGCAUCUCCCCGUCCGUCGAGCACAUCACGACAGCCACUUUGCUUACAGCAGCAUGGGCUGUUGUGCUGGCUCGCCGUUUAAACACAUCAGAUGUGACAUUUGGAGGCGUCACCUCUGGUCGAAUGAUUACAAUGUCCAAUGCGGAGGACGUGGUUGGCCCAUGUUAUCAGCUCACCCCCAUUCGAGUGGUCUUUGAGUCACACUGGACACCAAUGGAUCUAUUCGAGUUUGUACAGAAGCAAGGUGCCGAGUCAGCCGCUCAUGAUUUCCUGGGUUUCAAUAAAAUCUCCAAGAACUGCGUGCAAUGGUCAUCGGACUUGGAAUCAUUCGAUUCUCUCGUUCAUCAUCAGGACUGGGAUGAUUUCGAUACCAUGCCUUUUGCAGGGGGAAAUUGUAAGGUGGAUAUCCUGAACCCGGACGGUGAUGGAGCGUACCCUACAAAGACUGUUUCAUUCGUGAAGGACGGCCAGUUGCAUGUGGGUGUGGUUGGGAGUGAAAACGACUCGAUUUUUGUCGAAGGAGCACUAGCUGAAUUGGCUGCUACCGUAAAGAAAUUGGUUCUUCGUCGGUCUGAGGGAUCUCUUGAACAGAUCUUACAGGAGUGA